AUGACUAUGGUGGCAACGAAGCGCAAGCUCUCCUCUGUUGAUGUAUCUGCCCCUACAACGAACGGCGAUGUGCCACCAUUGAAGCGACGUGCCUCAUCUCGCAAGGCUUUUGCAGCGCAAGCGCCUGCUCAGGCCAUCGUGAAUCCUGAUCUCAACAACGAUGUCCUUGACGCACCGGAUGCUACACGAGCAUCACCUGAUAGCGACAUCAACGAAGCUGUCAUCCCCAACAAGGUCAAGACGAACGAUGUGAAGGAGGAGAGUCCUCUCAGUGACGCUCCGGAUGUUGUCAUGCCACCUCCAAAGAGGAAGGGUGGUAGGCCAAGGAAGGCUGCUCAGGCUGCGGCGCAAGGUGUGCAUGAGGCUGAGGAGGUGAUGAGUGCGGUCGUGGAUGCUGCAGAAGGCAAGGCACAGCCGGUGAAGAAGGGAAGAGCGAAGAAGGUCAAGCAGAAGGCGGUGGAGGGAGAGGAGGAGAACGGCUCAGUAGCAGAGGCCCCAACGAAACCAAUGCCAGCCAAGAAAAGCAAGAAAGGUGCUGAGCAAGAUAUUGCUGAGCGUGAUCCGGAGGCUGAAGGCGACGAGGAGCCAGCUGAUGAGGAAGAGGUCAAGGAGGCUUUGUCGCGACCGCCACCCGUUAAUAGCGAUUACUUGCCUCUGCCGUGGAAAGGACGACUGGGAUAUGCAUGCCUGAACACAUAUCUCCGCAAUUCUACACCGCCCAUCUUCUGUUCCCGAACUUGUCGAAUACAGUCUAUACUCGAGCACCGCCAUCCGCUUCAAGAUCCUUCGCAGCCGGAGCACCCGACCAAGAAUAAGCCAGACCGCAGCAAGCCAGCUGAUACCGAACUUGGCCAUCGAUACGUUGAAGCAUUGUGUCUGGCUAAUGUGCGCGAUCUGCCAAAAAUGCUGCGAUGGAACGACAGAUACAACAUCAAAUUCUUACGACUUUCGAGCGAAAUGUUCCCGUUCGCCUCACACCCGGAAUACGGCUACAAGCUCACACCUUUUGCGUCCGAAGCGCUGGCUGAAGUUGGCAAGGUCGUCGCAGAGCUUGGUCAUCGUGUCACGACGCAUCCUGGACAGUUCACACAGCUGGGAAGUCCGAGAAGGCCUGUUAUCGAGAACGCGAUCCGUGAUCUGGCGUAUCAUGAUGAGAUGCUCAGCCUGCUGAAGCUUCCGGAGCAGCAGAACAAAGAUGCGGUUGUGAUCUUGCAUAUGGGAGGUAUUUUCGAUGGUAAGGAAGGAGUUAUUCAACGAUUCAAGGAGGAGUAUAUCAAGCUACCACAGUCUGUCAAAAAUCGCUUGGUUCUUGAGAAUGACGAUAUGGGCUGGUCGGUACAUGAUAUCCUGCCCGUGUGCGAAGAGUUGAACAUACCGAUGGUUCUCGACUACCACCACCACAACAUUGUAUUCGACAAGGAGCAAAUCCGUGAAGGAACGAAGGGUAUCAUCGAUCUAUAUCCGCGAAUUACCGCCACCUGGACACGAAAGGGCAUAACGCAGAAGAUGCAUUAUUCCGAGCCCACACCACCAGCUAUCACGCCUUCACAACGACGAAAGCACAAUCCACGAGUUGCAUCAUUGCCACCAUGUGCGCCAGAUAUGGACCUAAUGAUCGAGGCGAAAGACAAGGAGCAAGCAGUCUUUGAACUCAUGCGCACAUUUAAGCUUCCAGGUUUUGAUCGCAUCAAUGACGUUCUGGCAUAUACCCGCCACGACGAUAACAAAUACGCACUCCAGGCCCUGAACAAGAAGAAAAUGAAGAACGACGAUACUAACCCGGAACUGGUUCCAGAGGAAGACAUCGGUAUGGGCGGCCCAGAAGGCCGUGUGUACUGGCCACCAGGCAUGGAAGAAUGGCUCCGUCCCAAGAAACGCGAGGUGAAGAAGAAAGAACCUGCCGACACUAGUGGUGGCAAGAGUAAAGCUCAAAUCAAGAAAGAAGCCGAGGAAGCUUAUCGAGCCAGGGAAGCGGAGAAGGCUGCUGAGAACGGCGAGAUGGCUAAGGAGGAAGAGGACGAGAGCGAUGUCGAUGCUACACCCGCUACGAAGAAGGCUAGAGCUGCUAUGAAGAAGAAGGAACAAGCUAAUCGGGCCAAGGAUGCCGCCAAAAAGGAGGAGCAGGAGGCGAAGAAGUUGGCCAAGGAGGCUGCGGCUGCUGUGAAGGCGGCUGCGGGUGAUGGAAAGAGUAAGGCUGCGCCGAGGAAGAGAGCACCGAAGGUCAAGCAGGAGGUCAAGCAGGAGGAGGAGGAGGAGGAGGUGGAGCCCACGCCAAGUGCUAGUGAAGCUGAGGCCGAGAGUUUCGGGGUUAGUGAGGAGGAUGAGGCGCCUGUUACGCCUGCUAUCCAGAGGGCGAGGCCUAAGGGCGCGAGACAAAGUAAUGGGAGGGUUGCGAAGGCGAAGAGGGUGAGCUAUGCUGAGGAUGAGGAUAUGGAGGAUGCUUGA